UUUCACUAUAAAUAACUUGAAUGGUUUUUCGCUAGGAAGGACCUACUGUUGUGUCCGUUCAUGUAUUGCUUUGAGGUUAACUAAGAUGAAGUUUCCGAACUGCGUGAAUGUCCUCGGGAUUUUACUUUGCCUCCUAGCAUACAGUCUAAAUGUGUCGGGUCAGGCAGAAUUUCAAGCUGGAGCUGGAAUUUUUGAUAUUACUGGUCCGGCAGCAGAAGUCAAUUUGAUGGGAUAUGCCAAACCUGGGCAAACAGCAAACGGCAUUCACAUGAGACAGUUCAGCCGAGCUUUUGUGUUUGCAGACAAAGCAGGAGAAAAACGUUUUGUCUUUGUAAAUGCAGACUCCUGUAUGGUGUCCCAGGGUGUGAAACUAGAGGUAAUAAAGCAGUUGAAAGCAACAUAUGGUGACUUGUACACGGAGCGAAAUGUUGUAAUCAGUGGUACUCAUACUCACUCAGGACCAGGUGGCUUUCAUCAGUAUUUGUUGUUUGAUAUUACCUCUCUUGGAUUUGUGAAUGCAACUUUUGAGGCACUGGUGAAGGGCAUUGUGCAGAGUAUUCAACUGGCACAUAAGACUUUGCGGCCAGCAAACCUUUAUAUUAGUGAAGGGGAGUUGCUGGAUUCUAGCAUUAACAGAAGUCCAACAGGGUAUCUUAAUAAUCCACCAGAAGAAAGACAAAAGUACAAAUAUGACGUGGACAAGAACAUGACAGUCCUUCGAAUUGAUGAUGCAGCAGGGCACCCCAUUGGCCUUAUUAACUGGUAUGCAGUGCAUUGCACAAGUAUGAACAAUACAAACGGUCUUAUCAGCAGUGACAACAAAGGAUAUGCUGAACAACUCUUUGAGCGUUACAUGCUGGCUCGUGGAAACUUGUCGAUUCCUGGUCAGUUUGUUGCUGCUUUUGCCCAAAGCAAUGAAGGAGACGUUUCACCUAAUACCAAGGGGCCUCACUGUACAGAUAGUGGUCUCCCUUGUGAUAUACUAACUAGCACUUGCCAUGGAGAGAAUGAGCUGUGUAUUGCUUUUGGGCCUGGAAAGGACAUGUUUGAGAGCACUCAGAUCAUUGGAAGAAAUCAGUUUAUGAAAGCUUUGGAACUCUAUUCUUCAGCUGGCAAGAAACUGACUGGAUCUGUUGACUUCAGACACAGUUAUGUCAAUAUGACAGAGGUGGAAGUAGUGUUAAACUCCACAACAAAGGUAAAGACAUGCAAGCCAGCUUUGGGUUACAGUUUUGCUGCUGGUACCAUUGAUGGACCUGGGGCUUUUGACUUCAAGCAAGGCACCAACACGAGUAAUCCUUUUUGGAAUGCUGUCAGAGAUGUGCUCAAGACACCUACUGAAGAGCAAGUGAACUGUCAUGCUCCAAAACCCAUUCUGCUAGACACAGGAGAGAUUUCAUUUCCCUACCUGUGGCACCCACAAGUAGUGGAUGUGCAGCUGUUAAAGCUUGGACAAUUUGUCAUCAUUGCUGUGCCAGGCGAGUUCACAACUAUGUCUGGAAGAAGAACACGGGAUGCUGUUGUCCAGACGCUGAUUUCAAAUGGUUUGCCAUUGGAUACCAGUUCAGUCAUUGCUGGUUUGUCCAAUGACUAUACCCACUAUGUAGCUACAUUUGAGGAGUACCAGGUACAACGAUAUGAGGCAGCAUCUACCAUUUAUGGGCCUCACACACUUCAGGCUUAUAUUCAGAAUUUUGAGAUCUUGGCAGAGGCUCUUGCUAAGGGCAAACCCGUGUCUCUUGGUCCAAACCCCCCAAAUCUAUUGGGACAGCAAUGGUCAUUUUUGCCAGGUGUUCUGUUUGACUCAUCUCCUGUGGGAAAAAAGUUUGGUGAUGUAAAGACUGAUGCUGAGCCUUCUUACCAGCCAGGUUCAGUAGUGCAAGUCAGAUUUGUCAGUGCAAACCCUAGAAAUGAUUUACGGCUAAACGGCACAUUCCUGACAGUGGAACAAAAGCAAGAAAGUGGAUCCUGGAGAGUUAUUUUCACAGACAGGGAUUGGGAGACUAGAUACCAGUGGAUAAAUGACAACCUUCUACUGGGUGAGAGUGAUGCAAUUAUUCGAUGGGACAUUCCAGAAGGCCAAACACCUGGUACUUAUCGUAUUCGUCACUUUGGAACAUCUAAGAGUAUUUUUGGAAGUCUGACAUCUUUUGAAGGGUCAAGCAGUUUGUUUAUGGUGAAAAAAUAACACUGUCACCACAUUAUAAAUGUUACUUUGAGAGUGACAAACAAAAAAUUCCUUCAAAAUAUUUUUUAAUUAACAGAAGGUUUUGGUUAGUUGUUCACUUGUGAGCUUAAAAUGCUCUGGAUGCAGAAUUGUGAAUUAGAAAAAAAUACACAAGUGAAUGAAAAAAAAAGUUAAGUAACAAAAUUAGCAAUUAAAGUUAUUUUAAAUUAAUUUAGCAUAUGAGCAAGCAGCUUUUAUGACCAUGAAGCUCCCUUUAAAAUCAAAGUUCCUCAGAAAUAUUACAUUUUUACUUGCUGCACUUUUCUAUGUCCACGAGGAACUGUACUAAAGGCUUUCAUUGAGUACUGCAAGUCUGAAAAUUCUGUUCUCUUUCAAAAUCCUGGAUCAUUUUCAAAUUAAAGAUGUUGACAUACUUAAAAGCGGUAGUGUUUAAUUUUUAAAGAUUAUUAUCUGUAAAUAUGUAUAUUUGAGAAACCACAUUGACUUGGCAGUGGAGCAAAAAGUAUUGUAUUUUAUAAUGUGCAUGGUUUCUGUUUUUUAAAGCAGAAGUGUACGAUUGUUUCUGUUAUUAUUCCUGCACAGAAAAUAUUAUAACUUUUGUGUUCUCCUUCAUUUUAAUUGUUAUUUGGUGAAUUCAGCUGUUGAUUUUUUUCCCAACACUGGUAGUGUGUAGUCAUUGUCAGUGAGUGAAUUAAACUGAAAUAGGGCAUAAUACAUUAGACAUAAGAAUUUUUAGGUGCUAUUUAAAAAAAAAAUUUUUUUUUUGUUUGUUUCAAUGCUAUUUUUAUUAUGAACAGAUCAAAUAAGUUACCAUUUUAUAGACCCAUCCCAAGUAAACGUCUUCUGUAAAAUUUAUUUGAAGAGUUAGGAAAACAUAUCACAAGAGUAAUCAAAACAACAUAAUGAAUCUUAAAAAAACUUGUCAUUGUAAAAACUUGUGCCUUUAAUUACUUUAAAAUGCUUUUUAUGACAGGUCUUUGAAAUCUUUAUGCUCUUGUAGAGGGAGAAAACUUAUCACAAGAGUUUUCAAAACAACAUAUAAGAAAUAUUUUUUAAAAACCUGAUAAUCUAUAUAGCAAUGAUAAAUGCAAAUAAAAAAAUAUUGAGUGACAUGCAGUUUAUCGUCACAUCUAGCCCUAGGAUUUAUUAUUUCAGGUAACAGCUAUUUUCCUUAGACAUAAGAAUUUACAUAGCAUAUGAAAACCACAAAAUGAAAUCAGUUAUCAGCACUCUUUCCAUUUUGUGUAUUGUCACUGGGAACUAGUUUCGCCAUUGUGUCUUGUCUCAGGGUCUUUAAGAAAGGCAUGAGGUCUGGAAAAUACAAAAACAAGCAGUCUCAAGUAAAGAUAAGGGUAAUUUUCUAAAAGAAAGUGUUACACUUAUUUUAUCUGCAGGACAUCUAGCUAGUAGGGGAAAAAAAAUCUCAGUCUACCAUUUUUUACAUCAAUUUCAUGUGCAUCUUCAUACCUAAAUUUGACCUGGAUGUAUCUGGAUGAAAUGCUAUCAUUCAAUGUGGGUUACAAAAUAAAGACUAAUAUUUCCAGGAUUGUUACAAGAAAACUUACUUGUGCCCCCUGUUCCUUUGUUGUCCAGGCUCUCAAACCUUUUCCCUGUAGUCUUGUUGGCACGGGCCUGAAUGAUGUACCUUAACAUGGAUAAUUGGGUACAAGUUAAAUGCAACAAAAUGCUGUACACUUAAAUUUACACUUAGAUUUUCUGUACAUUCAGAAUUUAACUAAACUCCAUAAAUUAAAAAAAAAUUGUUAUAAAGUA